AUGGAACAAGCAUUAGUGGAAGACCUCGAAAACAAGAUGAAAGAGACUGACGAACGUAUGGGUACACUGGUAGUUCAAGUGAGUAAUAUAGAAAGUGAAUUUUUCGCCGAAAACGGCGAACAAAUUGAAGUUAACGACUUGUUAAAAUCAGUUGGAGAAGUGAGAUCAAAUUAUCAAAAUUUACGCAAAGAACUACACGAAGUUCAAGACCUACAACGUCAAUUAAGUACUUCAUUAAAUCUACAACUUAAAGUAAUGCAAGCUAAGUUUAAUUUGUUAAAAGAAAAAAUAGAAAAAAGUCCCGUAAGGGGCCCGUUACCUUCAAAAAGUGUAAAUGGAAGAGAACAUUGA